AUGGCCUCGAACAUUCACAAAUGGGAAAAGCUCUCGCCGAGCGAGUUUCAGCAGUUGCAGGAUUUGGCCUCAUACUCGACGAAAAAGCUCCAGACUGUGCUGCAAGAGUUCUGCUCACCGGCCACACCGUCCGCGGCGCGAUUCCACCCGGAUGGGGACAUCGACUACGAGGGAUUUCACAAGUUCCUGGACUCGUUUCUCGACUGUGAAACGCCCGAGGACCUCUCGAAGCACCUGUUCAUAUCAUUCCUGCAGCCGGCCCUCUACCAGGCUCAGCAGCAACAGCACAGCCACGGGAAAGCCCUUAGCCAGAUGGCGGCGAUCAGCAGCAAUGCGGCCUGCGCUCCAGUCACAUCGCACAACCGAGGCUCCAUACCGAACCUGAACAGCAUCGUGGACAUUCCGACGCCGCAGCCAUCGCAAGAGUCACAGCGGAACAGCUUUGUGGAGCGGAUACACGGCCUUACCGAUAAGCUGCAAUCGCUCGGUCAUCUUGGACUCGAUGGUGGUGGUGGCAGUGAGAGCGGUGUUGGAGGCAACAAGGGCAAAUGCGGGACCGUCCACCCGAUGCUGACGGUGACACCGAGCCCGAUGGGGUGUGCUCCGCCGAUCCUGCAGCCUCCGUUUCGCCGGUCAGCCGAUUCCAGCCCUUCACACUCACACUCACACAGCCACUCGCAGAUUUCCCGGAACUCGUCGCGCAAGAGCAACAACUCCGUCAACUGUCGGAUCGAAGAUGUGCGGCUGAUUCCGAGAAAGCAAUCAUUUUUGGAUCCGCUGCUGCUGAAGGUGCCGCUCAAGGACGUCGUCUGCUACCUCUCGCUGCUCGAGGCCGGCCGACCCGAGGAUAAGCUGGAAUUUAUGUUCCGGCUGUACGACACCGACGGGAACGGCGUCCUCGACACGACCGAAACGGAUGCAAUCGUCAACCAGAUGAUGUCGGUGGCGGAAUACCUCGGCUGGGACGUGUCCGAACUGCGACCGAUCCUCCAGGACAUGAUGACCGAGAUCGACUACGACGGUGACGGGUGCGUAUCGCUUGAGGAGUGGCAACGUGGCGGCCUAACGACAAUUCCACUGCUGGUACUUCUCGGUGUCGACAACACGCUGAAAGAGGAUGGCUAUCACGUGUGGCGAUUGAAACACUUCAGCAAACCCGCUUACUGCAACAUGUGCCUCAACAUGCUCGUUGGUCUCGGCAAGAAAGGGCUUUGCUGCGUGCUGUGCAAGUACACCGUGCAUGAACGCUGUGUCCAGCGAGCUCCGGCCUCCUGUAUCGCCACUUACGUGAAGUCGAAAAAGUCAAAAACAACCGCCACGUUCCAGCAUCACUGGGUCGAGGGAAACUGCUACGGUCGGUGCUCGAAGUGCCGCAAACGGAUCAAAGCUUACAACGGCAUUACCGGUCUGACCUGCCGCUGGUGUCGUAUGAUGCUCCAUAACAAAUGCGCAACGCUCGUCAAGGCCGAAUGUACGCUGGGAGAGUUCGCCAGCCUCGUCCUACCACCGACCGCCAUCUGUCCAGCCGUGCUCGAUCGGCAAAAAUCGAUCAACUUCACCACCAACAAGGGAAAGAGCGUUCCAUCGACAAUACACUUUCAAAUCACCAGCGAUCCUGGCUGGUGUCCGCUGCUCGUGUUCAUCAAUCCCAAGAGCGGUGGCCGGCAGGGUGACCGGAUCCUGCGCAAGUUCCAGUACCUCCUGAACCCACGCCAAGUGUACGACCUGUCUAAAGGUGGCCCCCUCGAGGGUCUAACCAUGUUUAAGGACGUGCCCAAUUUCAAGGUGAUCUGUUGCGGUGGCGAUGGCACUGUCGGAUGGGUGCUAGAAGCGAUGGAUAGCAUCGUACUGCAGAGCCAACCCUCGAUCGGUGUGAUCCCUCUGGGAACGGGCAACGAUUUGGCACGGUGUCUACGUUGGGGUGGCGGAUACGAGGGUGAAAGCAUCCCCAAGAUUCUGGACAAGAUCAACCGAGCCUCAGUCGUUAUGCUUGACCGGUGGAGCAUCGAGGUGAAGAACAACCCGCUAGCAGCCGAUGAAACACCCACCGGAACCACCGUUCCUGGUCACAAGGUGACGCUGUCGGAGAACAUGCAGAAGGUGAUAGAGUUCUCGCAUCGCAUAAUUGCUGAAAAAUCUGUGAUCCAAACCUACGAUGAGGUUGAAAAUAGUACAAACGCGGCCGAGCUGGCGACCGACGGCACGACCAGCGACCGUGUCCUGCCGAGUGACAAUAAUGGUACCGCACCGGAGGACGAUGACGAUGACGAUGAAGCCAACGGUGCAGAGGACCGACGAUCGCUGAUGGCAGGCGCGUCAACCGCUACUCCACCGCCAACUCCAACCACGGCCACGCUAGGCCCAUCCGGGGGGCUACUGGAAGAGCUGACCAACGCGAACACCGAUGGUGACCCAACGCCGAUAGCCAACGGUGGUGUUACGCUGGUGUCCGGUAUCGACAUGGCGCCUGACACCGUCGGCAGCACUACGAGUGGCGAUACCGCGGGAAAUGGCACCGAGAGUGUGGGCGAUACACCACAGCCAGCGGACGAUACCGAAAAUAGUUCCUAUCAGCAACAGCAGCAGCAGCAGCACCAUCAUCAUCACCAGCACAUCAAUGGUGGCACCGCGGACAGGCCGGGCCCGGAGAAGAAAACUAUCGACCUACCGAAGCUGAUAAAACCGCAGGUCGGAUCGGAAUUCACCGUGCCGUACAACAUUGUCAAUAACUAUUUCUCCGUGGGUGUGGACGCCGCCAUCUGCGUGAAGUUUCACCUGGAGCGGGAGAAAAAUCCCCACAAGUUCAACAGCCGCAUGAAGAACAAACUCUGGUACUUUGAGUACGCCACGUCGGAAACGUUCGCUGCAUCGUGCAAGAACCUGCACGAAAACCUGGAGAUUGUGUGCGAUGGCGUGUCGUUGGAGCUGGCGAACGGACCACAACUGCAGGGCAUUGCGCUGCUCAACAUCCCGUACACGCACGGUGGGUCGAACCUCUGGGGCGAACACCUGUCUCAGAAGCGAAUGCGCAAGGGUCCGUUUCGCAAGAAGCUGAAAAACUCCGACAAGGAGCUGUCGGCGAACAGCUUCAACUCGGUCGAUCUGUCCAUCGCAAUACAGGAUAUCGGUGACCGGAAGAUCGAGGUGAUCGGAUUGGAGAACUGUCUGCACAUGGGUCAGGUGCGAACGGGCUUGCGAGCGUCAGGACGCCGUUUGGCACAGUGCAGCGAGGUUAUGAUAACCACUCGCAAAACCUUCCCAAUGCAAAUCGAUGGUGAACCCUGGAUGCAGGGCCCUUGCACGAUCAAACUAACCCACAAAAACCAAGUGCCAAUGCUAAUGGCGCCCCGGUCGGAGAAAGGCAGCGGGUUCUUUAGCUUUCUGAAGAGAUGA